AUGGUAUUUCAUCCUCCAGAAUGGGUUCCCCAAAUGCCGUCGAUACCAGACUCUACUCCAAUUCUUGACUUCCUACUGCAAGAAAAGUUUGGGCGUCAUAAGUUAUCCCAAUCCCAUUCACCCUUUGUUUGCGGAAUUUCGGGGAGAGAGUAUAGCGUACAUGAAGUUAGUGAACGGACGACAUUAAUCGCAAAAGGUCUCCUAAAGAGCCUUGAAUGGGAAAUCGAUUCCAGGAAGCAAUGGGAAAAAGUAGUGGGAGUUUUCGCUUUCAAUAGUAUUGAUACUCUUCCGGUUGCAUGGGCUGUACAGCGUCUGAACGGCAUUGUCACUCCGGUCAAUGCCAUGAGUACCGCUGAGGAGCUCACUUCCCAACUACGCUCUGCAGGUGCAAAAGCGCUUUUCACUUGUGCUUCGCUGUUACCUACUGCAAUAAGAGCUGCAGAUGUUGUUGGAAUCCCACGUCGGCAUAUCUUUUUGCUGGAAGUAGCAACUGACCAAGAAAAUUAUAGUUCAAGCUACUUCAAAACAGCUUCGAGAUUGGCUGCCGAAGGUCAGAGUCUCCCUCCACUUGAGCCAAUUGGAUGGUCACCCGGUCAAGCGAAAACGCAAGUAGCGUUCCUCUGCUACUCCAGCGGCACGUCUGGAACACCCAAAGGCGUCCUCAUUUCCCACUACAAUGUAAUUUCCAACAUCAUCCAGAUGCACGCCACGGAGCGCAGUGUACGCAAGGAAAGGCUACAUUCCACACGCAGCACAGAGUUGGAUGUUGGCAUAUGUGUUCUACCGCUGAGCCAUAUUUACGCGUUGGUUGCAAUCGCCCAUACCAGCUUCUAUCGAGGCGAUAAGUGUGUCAUAAUGCCGAGAUACGAAAUAAACGGCUUUCUACAAGCUAUUGAAAUGUUCAAAGUUAGCUUACUUUAUUUGGUUCCUCCCAUCGUUCUCAAUAUCCUGCAAUCUCCUACACUAGUCAGCAAGUAUGACCUCGGUACUAUAUCUGCCGUCUUCACAGCUGCAGUACCAUUAGGAAAGGAAAUGGCGCUGGCCCUCGAGCAGGUUUUCCCACAGUGGAAGAUUCGUCAGGCUUACGGUCUUACGGAGUCAUGUGUUGUUGCAACCAAUAGUGUUGAAACUGACAUCUCACCCGGCUCGUCUGGCUCUCUAAUUAGUGGAUAUGAAGCGAAACUACUUACUCCUGAUGGUAUCGAGAUAACAGCUCUGGAUACCCCUGGAGAGCUCUAUCUACGCUCCCCUUCUAUUACUUCUCUAGGUUAUUUCCGAAAUCCUGAAGCUAGUAAGGAAACGUUCCUUGAAGAGGGAUGGCUGAGAACUGGUGAUGAAGCUAUGUUCAGGCUGAGUGAGAAAGGCAAUGAACACUUAUGGAUUACCGAUCGUUUGAAGGAGUUGAUCAAGUACCAGGGUUUUCAAGUAGCACCUUCUGAGAUAGAGUCUCACCUUCUAGCACACAUUGCAGUUGCAGAUGUAUGCGUUAUACCUAUUCCAGAUUCACGGACUGGAGAGACGCCCAAAGCCUACGUAGUGAAAGCAGGAGAUUGCCAGGGAAUAGAUGACGUGAGCCUCGGGGAGAUACUCAAAGUACAUGUCCAAGAAGAGAAGGCUCGGUAUAAGUGGUUGAAAGAGAUAGCAUUUGUUGACAGAAUUCCAAAGAGUGCAACAGGGAAAACUCUCAGAAACGUGGUUAAAGAAUGGGAGAGAAGUUUGCGUAGGCACGAAGGGCCAAGGCUAUGA